AUGGACAAGAUUGCUCGUCCGAUUUCCCGCCACCUCCUCAAAUCUCGUCCUCGAUACCCAUUCUCUAUCCCGCCUCCAAUCUACGCCAAGCGGCUGUACACUAUGGGCCAUACUGUGCCUCCGUUAAAAGACCAGUCUCUCUUCAUUGAGAAGGCUUAUGUCAAUGGAGAGUGGGUUGAAGCCCAGUCUGGCAAGACCUUCGAGGUCCAUGCCGCCACCGAAGCUUUCCCCGCCUUCCGCUCGACUCUGGCUCGUGAGCGUGCGCGCAUGCUCCGCCGUUGGUAUCAGUUGAUGAUGGACAAUGCUGAUGAUUUGGCCACGCUGAUCACAUGGGAGAACGGAAAGCCUCUCGCGGACGCGAAGGGAGAAGUCAACUACGCCGCGGGCUUCUUCGAAUGGUUCAGUGAGGAGGCCCCUCGUAUCUACGGUGAUACAAUUCCUUCUUCUGUCGCCGGUAACCGAGUCAUUACCUUGAAGCAGCCGGUUGGUGUCUGCGGCCUGAUCACGCCAUGGAACUUUCCCGCGGCAAUGAUUACGCGAAAGAUCGGCCCUGCCCUCGCCGCGGGCUGCACGGUGGUCUGCAAGACCCCCGGUGAGACGCCAUUCACUGCGAAUGCCCUGGCGGAGCUGGCUCACCGCGCUGGUAUUCCCAAAGGCGUUGUCAACAUCGUCACCGCCAUGAAGAACACACCCGAAGUGGGAGAGGUGAUCACCACUCACCCCGAAGUCCGCAAGGUCUCCUUCACCGGCUCCACGAACGUCGGAAAGCUUCUCAUGAAGCAGGCCUCUUCGACGGUUAAGAAGGUCUCGUGGGAGCUUGGCGGUAACGCCCCCUUCAUCGUCUUUGAUGACGUGGAGGACCUCGAUGCCGCCGUCGCCGGUGCCGUCGCCUCCAAGUUCCGUAGCUCCGGCCAGACCUGCGUGUGCGCCAACCGCAUCUACGUGCAGCGGGGCAUCUACGAGGAGUUCUGCAAGCGCUUUGUGGAGAAGGUCCGCGCUUUCAAACUCGGAGCUGGCUUCGAGGAGGGUGUCACCCACGGACCGGUCAUUCACGAGCGCGCUGUCGACAAGGUCGAUGAGCAUGUGCGCGAUGCCGUGUCCAAGGGCGCCAAUGUCCUUAUCGGUGGCCAGAAGGUUCCCGAGCUCGGCACCAACUUCUACAACCUGACGGUCCUGACCGAAAUGACCAAGGACAUGCGCAUUGCCUCCGAGGAGACCUUCGGUCCUGUGGCCGGACUGUUCCCCUUCGAGUCGGAGAAGGAGGUGGUGGAACUGGCGAACCGUGCCGAGGUUGGUCUCGCCGGUUACUUCUUCAGCGGCAACGUCAAGCGGAUCUUCCGUGUUGCCGAAGCCCUGGAGGUGGGUAUGGUUGGUGUGAACACUGGUAUUAUUAGCGAUGUGGCCUCGCCAUUCGGUGGUGUCAAGCAGAGCGGAUUCGGCCGCGAAGGCAGCAAGUAUGGCAUCGACGAAUUCCUCACCAUCAAGAGUGUCACCUUUGGCGGUAUGGGUGAGCCUUUGCAGGGGUGA